UUUGUGUUUAAUCAAUAAAGCAUAACACUACAAAGUAUCAAGGAAAUUAUGCACAUAAGGUCCUGACAAGGAGAGAAAGGAGGGCUGAGCAGGGCCUUAGUGACAUCUCCAAACAUGUCAGCACAGCACAUUGGACAGCACGGCCCUGCCCUCAUUACCAGACCACAAGAUCAACAAGGGCAAAGCCCCCCGACAGCAACCUGUUGUCCUUUAACGAAGGACAGCGCUUCCAUGAAAGGUUGAAACAGUUUGCAAAGGAUCCAUCACAUCUUUUCAUCUGAUCCUCAAACUUUGGAUAUAACACUUUCCUCCACUCAGCCAUGACCGCUUUAGUCCUCACCACUCUCGGGUUUAUCUGCUCUCUGAACGCGCUGCUUCUGACGUUGGCAGGUUUGAGCUUGAGCAGUCCCAUCAGGUCCCUGGAGAACCAUCACAGGGCGUCGGUGCGUAGGGACAUGGGUGGUAAUCCGCUGCUUGUUGCACAGGACUUUCUGAGCCAGUUUCUGUCCACAAUCAACAUGACAGAGCCGAGGUCCCAGCCCGGGCCCCGCACCAACAACAAGGAGCCACCAGACUACAUGCUGGAGCUGUACAACCGCUUUGCCAAUGACCGCACUGCUGUGCCCUCGGCCAACAUUGUGCGCAGUUUCAAAAAUGAAGAUCCCUCCCCCUACAGAAUAACACCCAGGGGUGUCAGGAUACAUCCUCUGUUGUUCAACAUCUCAAUGCGCUACCAUGAGCACAUAACACUAGCCGAGCUCCGACUUUUCACCCUGGUCCAUAAGGCUCGAAGACCAUACGCUGGCAUUGACUGCGAGGUGACCAUCUUCAAAAUUCAUGAGUGUACCGAUUGGAAACAAAAGGUAGGGAAAGGUGGGAGAAGGAGGGAUAAGGAGGAGGUGGUGGAGACGGAUGAUUUGGAGAAACUGGUGACAAAGCAUAUCCAUGCCAGAGAUAACAGCUGGGUGUCGUUUGACCUGACUCAUGUCGUAACACUCUGGAGGAAGUCAGGGUGUGCAAAUCACAGGCUGGAGGUUCACAUAACAAGUCUGGGGUCAGAGGUCACAGAGGAAGGCAGGGGCUCGGUUGAGAUUGACAUUGAAAGGAACUCUGCAGGGAAACACAAUGCAGUGAUGAUUGUAUUUUCAGAUAAGACCAAAGCUGAGUUUAAUCAGAUCAUCAAACAUGAGAAUGAGAUUCCUGACGACAAGGCUCAGAGCCAACAAGCCUCUCGGGGGAAUCACAACACCCACCCUGCAAACCAGGAGGAGAUGGACAAAACGUCUCUCAUGCAACUUCAGUCCAACCUUAUCUACGACACGCCUCCCCGAAUCCGUCGCAAUGUUAAGAGCGAGCCCUGCAAGAGGACCCCGCUUUUUGUGGAUUUUAAAGACAUCGGCUGGGAUAGGUGGAUCAUCCAGCCUCUUAGCUAUGAGGCAUAUGAGUGCAACGGCGUGUGCAGUCCGCCCAUGACCGACGAAGUGUCGCCCACCAAUCAUGCCAUCGUGCAGACACUGCUGAGUAUUAAGAGUCCAGAGAGGGCAUCGCGUGCCUGCUGUGUACCUACUAAGUUGGAGCCUAUCUCACUUCUUUAUCACGAUAACGGAGUUAUAACAUUCAACCACAAGUAUGAGGGCAUGGUGGUGGCAGAGUGUGGAUGUAGAUAG